AUGGGGUUCAAGGCCAUUGUCAGCGCAGCGCUACUGCUGGGCCAGAUAAAUUCAGUGCUUAGCAGAUCGCAGGACCAGGGCACAGUUGAAGUGUCGACUUCUAAAUCAGUCCAUCCUGGUGAAUUGGCAAAUGUCCACCUGAACUGGCUUGACAGCCCGCCGAGUGCCAUCCGGGCCGUGUAUGCUUCCUGUUCGAGCCCUAACUCAACCUCCACCCAGCACACUAUCGGCCAUUUCAAUGUCCGCGGACAGCCUCCCCAGCGACUUGCUUGGGCUGUUCCCGACGAUGCUCAGGCAAACAACUGUAUCUACGUAUACGGGGCCCAGCCGCACGCGCCGGCUCGCAUCCUGGGCAAGAGUGAGCCCGUCCAUCUCACUCGGAAGGCGAAGAAGCGAUCCGUUGCCGAUCUGGACAAUCCCCUGCUGAAAGACUUUGACGCGCUGGGAGCCUGGUUCGACGGAGUCGCUGCUAUAAAAAAGAAGACCGAUUCUACAGGCGGCGUUGCAUCCAGACACUCGCCCAAGGACGCCAAAAUUGCCAUCGUUGGUGCAGGUGUUUCGGGUCUAGCAACAGGGUUGAUGCUGGACAGUGUCGGUGUCCAUAAUUGGGAAAUCAUCGAAGCCAGUGAGCGUGUUGGAGGCCGCUUCCGGACGCGAUAUAUGGCCGGGACAGAUGAAUGGGCUGAGAUGGGCCCCAUGAGACUUCCAUACUCUGUUACCUACAAGGAUGACAACGAGACGCUCAAAUACACCGACCAUGAGAUGACUUUUCAGCUGGCCCACACCCUCAACGACAUGAACAAGAACGACACCAAGUGGAAGGUUGACUUUAUUCCCUGGGUCCAGCACCAUCCCAAUGAACUCAUUGCGCAGGAUACCCGUCGACACCCCGACGGGCGCAUUCCCACUCGUGCUGAGGUCGAGGCAGACUCAAGCCUGAGCGAGGCUUCUGAUAUAGAUACCGCUGAGUAUCACAACACCGAGCACCAGAUGGACCUUAUCCUCAAGAACGAGACGACCCUCAAGACUCUCCAAAAGGACAUCUGGCGAGCCCACAAAACAGCCAUGGACGAAGGCCUCGACGACUGGAGCGAGCAGGCCAUGAUGCGCCACGUCUUCAAAGCCAGCGAGAACGUCACCGACGAGAUCUGGACAGCCUCCGACUACGAUGUCUUCUGGGACGAACUCCACCACAACUCCAACCUGGGACUCGACGGCACGAAGGAAGCCCUAGGAGAGACAAACUGGCUGUGCAUCGACGGAGGCUUCAACCGUCUCUCCGACGCCUUCCUCCCCCACGUCAGGGACAGGCUCACCCUCAACCGCCAGAUCCGCAAGCUGGACACCGUACCAGGCCCUAACAACACCACCCGCACUCGUCUGUCAUGGUAUCCCAGCGUCAAGAACCGCACCUACGAGUCCAAGGACUACGACUACACCAUCAUGGCCGUCCCAUUCACCAUGACCCGCUUCAUGGACCUGCCCAAAUUCUCCUCCGUACUCGACCGCGCAAUCAGCGAAGCCGGUGUACGCUUCAAGUCUGCAUGCAAGGUCGCCCUCCUCUUCAGCGAACGGUUCUGGGAGAAGGGGCCCCGGCCCAUCUUUGGUGGCUACUCCAAACCCCCCAGCGACCCCGUCGGCGCCCUCUACUACCCCGUCUAUGGGCUCAACGAGUCUCGACCGGGCUUGAUCAUGCACUACCGCGGCGGAGACUGGAGCGACCGCUUCGUCAGUUUCUCGGACGAGGAGCACGUCCAGACGGUUCUCGACUCGAUUGUGUCUCUGCACGGGGAGCAGGCAAGGGAGCUGUACACGGGCGACUAUGAGCGCCUUUGCUGGUUGCAGGACGAGCAUACGGCGACGGCGUGGUGUCGGCCGGAUGUGGAGCAGCAUAAGCUGUAUAUCCCUGCUUAUCAUAAUACGGAGCAUAAUACGAUUUUCAUUGGAGAGCAUACGGCGCCGACGCAUGCGUGGGUGAGCUCGUCGUUGCAGUCUGCUGUUCGGGGGGCUGUGCAGCUCCUGCUUGAGCUUGGGCUGGUGGAUGAGGCGAAGGAGUUGAACGAGAAGUGGAUGGGGAGGUGGAUUAAGCUGUGA